AUGUUGAUCAUUCAGAUCGAACCACCACAAAGGGAACUGGAUCAGGGGAGAAGAGAAGGCAAGCAAGUGGUGGUGACCAUGGAGUUCAAAGCGGCCGUUUUCACCGCCGCCGUGCUGGCCGUGCUCCUCUGCUCCCCGGCAUCCGCCCAGAAGAGCCCACCGGCGCCGUCACCGGUGUCGGUGUCAAUCCCGCCGUCCCUCGCGCCGGCGCCGGCGCCGGCCCCGCGCUACGUGGACCUGGCGGCGCUCCUCGACGUGGCCGGCCCGUUCCACACCUUCCUCGGCUACCUGCAGAAGACGAAGGUGAUCGAGACCUUCCAGGCCCAGGCCAACAAGACCGACGAGGGCAUCACCAUCUUCGUCCCCAAGGACUCGGCCUUCGCCGCGCUCAAGAAGUCCACCUUCUCCAACCUCACCAGCGACCAGCUCAAGACGCUGCUCCUCUACCACGCCUUCCCCAAGUACUACCCGCUGGCGCAGUUCAGGAACCUCAGCUCGCUCAACCCGGUGAACACCUUCGCCGGCUCGCCCUACACGCUCAACCUCACCGACGACAUGGGCAGCAUCAGCGUCGAGUCCAUGUGGUCCAAGCCCAAGAUCUCCAGCAGCGUCUACGCCACCAAGCCCAUCGCCGUCUACUCCAUCAACAAGGUGCUGCUGCCCAUGCAGCUCUUCAGCAAGGACCCGCCGCUGGCGCCGGCGCCCGCGCCCGCGCCGGAGUCAGGGGCGUCGGACAUCGCCCCCAGCCCGGGCAGCGCCAAAGCGGGCGCCGGGAACGGCAAGGCGGACUCGACGAGCGCCGGGCAUGUGGGUGCCGCGAAUUGCUUGGGGCUGCUGGCUGCCGCGGCAGGUGGCCUGAUGCUCCUGUGGUGA